AGAUGCAAUUGCAUACCAAACAAAUAAACGGAAUAAGAACUUUAAACACAAAGAGAUCCAAAUGAUUAGAUUAUGGUUAAAAAACAAAAGUAAACCGAAGAAAAAUCAUUUUUUUAUGGUUCAAUUCAUUUACUUAUAUGCAAAGGAUAAUAAAAUAUUUAAUGAUGAAUACUUACAAAGUAGUACCAGAGGAGUAAAUAAAAAAUAAACAAGGAUUAAAAUGGUAAAUGGAGGUUAUUAUGAAGGUGAUUGGUUCGAUAGUAUGAGACAUGAUUAAGGAAUUCAAUUAUGUACAUUAUAAUCUUUUAUUAUUAUUAGUAAUGGAUAAUGGGUUAAUGAUAUGGCAAAUGAAAAGGAACUUAUUCUAAUUCAGGAGGUGUACAUAAUAUAUUAUAAAAGAGAUUGGGUUAAUGAUUAAUAACACGGUUAUGAAAUUGAUUUAUGGUCAGAUGAAUCUAAAUAUGAAAUAUUCAAAAUCAUUCAAUUUAGUGAAUUUUUACAUUUGUUACAAAGUAUGAAAAAGAAAAUUAAAAUUUGCUGAUAAUAAUUUAUAUGAAGGAGAUUUCUUAGAUAAUGAUAUAAAAGGUUAUGGAAAAUUAGUUUGGAAUGAUGGAAAAACUUAUGCUGGAAAUUGGUUAAACAGUAAAAUGA